AUGUUCAAAUCAAUAAUAAGAAGAGGUAGUCUAAUACCACGAACAUGUGUGAGAUUUAACAGUUCCAAACCUGCACAACUAUUUCCACAAAUAUAUCCAUUAAAUAAAGAAAAAAUAACAGAAGAAGAUCUUGACAAAUGGAUUAAUGCAUUGAAACAAUUAAAACAUGGUAAAAAGAUUCAUGAAACAGAAGAAGAAAUAUAUCUAGGUCAAAUUACUCAACCUGAACAAUUUAUAACUAAAAAAUUUGAACCUUCUUUGGAGCAAAUCGAAGAAACUUACCAAUACAAAAAUAAACAAAUCCCAUUAAAAUCAGACCCAACAGUUGAUAAUUUUAUAAACCUUAUAAUGAGACAUGGUCGAAAAGCAAGAGCUCAAAAAAUUGUUAGUAGAGCUUUUUAUAUUGUACAAUUAAAAUUAAGAAAAGAUCCAAUUGAAGUAUUAAAAGAAACAUUAAAUAAAUUAGGUCCAGUUGUAACUACAAAAUCAAUGUCAACAGGUGUAGCAAAAAGAAAAAUUGUUCCAAUUCCAUUAAAUGAAAGACAAAGAAAUAGAUUUGCAAUUACAUGGAUAUUAGAAGCUUCAAAAAAUAGAAAAAGUAAUGAUUUUGCAGUUAGAUUAGCUGAAGAAUUAAUAAAUGCUUAUGAAGGAAAAUCUUCUGGAUAUGAUAAAAAAGCACAAAUGCAUAAACAAGCUACUCAACAGAGAGCUUAUAUUACUUUGUAG